UACAGGCCCAACUAGUUCGCCACUUCUUCUCCAAAGCAAUGGAAGCCUAAAAACACGUUUGGCUCUUUCUGUCCUCCUUUUUUUCCCCCUCUUUCUUCUUUCUUUUUUUCCUUCUUAAUUUGCAGUUCGUCGUUGUAUGGUUUUUUGUGGUCGUUCCGCUGUUACGAAAAUAACUUGACCGAAUUAUUAGCUGAAUCUUUAGUUAAACAAAAGAAACAGUAAAAACAUUGGGACAUCGAUGAAGUCGUGUUUCGUGUGCUAAGUGUGAACGGAAAGGUUUUUCUCGCAACAGCAGUUGUUCGUUUCCGGUCAGUAAUCAAACGCCCGAACAAGUGCGGUCCUGUGGACUGUUGAUCACAUUCAUAGAUUUACAACCAAGAACACCGCGUCCGGUCUUCUCGGCGAAUGCCAUGCAACGUACCAAGGCCUACUUUAGUCCCCUUCUUCUUUCUGCUACACCAGCGGCUUCUCCAGGCGACCUCCUGGGUGGAGUGAUGGUGUCUUCUUCCUCACCAUCUCCACCCGAUGCUGCGCUCUUGCUCGGGCCAGAUUUCCACGGACGAAAUGCUAAUCGCAUUGAUCAGCGAAGAAUGGCUUCCGUCUUCCCCGAUCCAGACGCUCCAACCGAGACACAACAUUGCCCCAUCUGUUUGAACCGUUACGACGAUCCUCGUGUUUUACCUUGCUUCCACACUUAUUGCCGUCGCUGCCUGGAUGCCCACGUUGCUGGCCGUCUUCGUUUUCCGUGUCCGUCCUGCCGGGAAGAAGUCUAUUUAGGCGAGGGUGGAACUAUCGAUACUCUACCUACCAAUUCCUUCAUUGGUGAUAUCCUCAAAGUGGUCAGCGACGUUCCAGAAUAUGAUUCGCCUUCCGUCCUGGAUCAGCGUGUCAGUGGCGGUAGCGGAAGUGGUGGCUACGAAACCGCAGUCGGAGUCGCUGCUAAAAUGGUGCCCAGCCGGGCAUACAUCUGCUCCAAUUGCGAUGAAGGAGCCGUGGCAUCGUCACGUUGCCGCGAUUGUAACGAAGUGCUGUGCGACAGCUGCGUUCGCGCCCAUCAGCGCGUCCGUCUCACCAAAGAUCAUUACAUCGUGCGAUUCACGGAAGAUUUAUCCAAAACUGUAGGAUUGCCCGUCGGUUUGUCGCUCUUCUCUAGCCCGUCAUUUUCCUACUGUGACAUCCAUCCUGCUGAAGUAUUGCGGCUCUUUUGCGACAUGUGCUCGGUGGCCAUUUGCUCCGAAUGCACGUUGCGUGACCAUCGAGGACAUUCAUUCAUUUAUCUCAAAGAUGCUGUGGAGAAUUCCAAAACGAUUAGCUUGAAACUGUUAGCAGAUGCUAAGGCGGGCAUGCGUGCCGUCGAAGAAAGCAUGGAAAUGACUAGCAAAAUGGCGGAACGAAUCGAAUUACGUGCUCAAGCUAUUGCCACGGAAAUCCGAACGGCCACUCGCCGUCAUAUGGCCGCACUGGAAGAGAGGGAACGGGAACUGUUGCAACGUGUCGAGAAAAUACGACAAGUCAAAGGCAAAUCUCUUCAUUUACAACUGGACGAAUUACGUAUGGCCUUGCUACGUCUGGGAUCCACGGCCGAAUUGCUGAAAACUGCCCUCGAAUCCGGUUCUGAUGUCGAGAUUCUUCACACUAAAGACAAAGCAUUAAUCGAAUUUCAGCAUUUAAGACAAAUACGCAGCAGUUUGCAACCGCAAGAAGACGACAUAAUCCAAUUCAACCCGCCCGAUGGCGCUCUACUCCAGGCCAUUUGUUCCCUGGGUCUCAUAUCCAGUUCCGGAUUUGGUCCCACAUCUGUAGCCUUUGGCGACGGAAUCAAACGCGCUCUGUGUAACCACGUAGCUUGCAUGACGGUCCACGUCAAAGAUCAUCAAGGAGAUCCACGUCUUGUAGGAGGUGAUCCCAUCGUUGCCAUCGUCGAAGGACCGAAUGGGGUCUCUUACCGGGCCGAUGUGGAAGAUCGUCAGAACGGCACUUACGUCAUGACUUAUCGACCUCAAGUGGAGGGCCGGCACAUCAUCACCGUAUUGAUUCGAGGUCGACACAUCCACGGAUCACCUUUCACCGUCAAAGUCCGUAGUGGACGAGAUUAUUCGACUGUUGGCCAGCCUUUAUUAGCGUUCGGUAAGGAGGGUGAGAGCGAAGGCGAUUUGUGCCGUCCGUGGGGUGUGGCUUGUGAUAAAGAUGGCUACAUCAUUAUCGCUGAUCGCAGUAACAACCGCGUUCAGAUUUUCAACUCGGCUGGAGUCUUUCAUCAUCGUUUCGGAUCUCCUGGAACUCGUCCUGGACAAUUCGAUCGGCCGGCUGGUGUCGCUUCUGAUCAUCUUGGUCGUAUUAUCGUGGCAGAUAAGGACAACCAUCGCAUUCAAGUUUUCACAUUUGACGGGACUUUCUUGUUCAAGUUUGGCGAGAAAGGGACCAAGAACGGCCAGUUCAACUAUCCGUGGGAUCUCGCCGUCAACGCUGAGGGUCAGAUUUUAGUCUCGGAUACCCGAAACCAUCGCAUCCAGCUAUUUGCAGCAGAUGGCACGUUUAUCAACAAGUAUGGCUUUGAAGGAACACUCUGGAAACAUUUCGAUUCGCCCCGUGGCGUUUGUUUCAAUCACGAGGGGCACAUAGUCGUGACAGAUUUCAACAAUCACCGAUUGUUAGUUAUUAAUCCCGAUUUUCAAUCGGCACGAUUUUUGGGUUCGGAAGGCUCGGGAAAUGGCCAAUUUUUACGUCCGCAAGGCGUCGCUGUCGACUCCGAAGGUCACAUUAUCGUUGCCGAUUCGCGUAAUCAUCGUGUUCAAAUUUUCCAACCCAACGGCAAUUUUUUGACCAAAUUUGGGACUCAGGGAUCGGGACCGGGUCAAAUGGAUCGACCGAGUGGCGUCUGCAUUUCACCUGAGGGCUACAUCAUCAUCGUAGACUUUGGUAACAAUCGAGUGCAGAUCUUCUAAAAAACUCGGAGCCCCUACGUAGACAUUUCCCACCCUUGCACAUUUCCUCCUGUAUGAUAUAAGAUAUGUUCUUAUAUAGAUUUCCUUUUUUUUUCAUUCUUCUUUUUACCCCCCAGCGAUUGACCCCCUUUUUUUUGUUGUUGUCAGAAGGGCGAACCAACUCUCGCUUACCACCACCAAUGUUCCUGCAUAGCAUAAGUAAUCUCGCCGAACAGAACAAAAACGAAGUAGUAGAAAACGACCUUCCCUCCCUCCCAACUUCCCUAGGAAACGGUAAAAAAGAAAAAGAAAAAGAAAAAAAAAGAAAGAGGGAGAGGUUACGCAGCCCUUGUGGAUAAAAAUAUAUUAUAUAGGCGAGACUUUAGAAAUCCAAAACGCGAAAAUUCCUCUUGAAAGUACAAAAGCAUUUUCAAACGCAAAAGAACUAAUUUUACAUUCAGAUAGAUUCUUUUUUUUUUUCUCCUUUUUUAUUUGUCGAUCAUGUUUAAACCGUCGACUGUCCCCUACUACUACGUUUACUAUGAGAUUUAUUCUAAUUUAAAUUUUUUUUUUUUUUUUUUUUUUUCGUGAAAGAAAAAAAAAAUCGUUUGUCUUCUCAAUCGUGUCGCCUGACUCAGGGAAGCACUACAGGACUUGUCCCAGUUUUUCAAAAACUUUCGCACUGCAGAUGGCCUUCGAUAUCGGGGCACCUCUCAGGGUGUGCGAAUGUUUUUUUGGUUUUUGAUACUUGCCCAUUGUCUCGGCGGAGAAAUUUUUAAAAGAAAUUAUGUCGUAGACUCGAGAAAGAUUUGAAUGCAUGAAGGAAUCCCAUUAAUGAUAUACAGAUACGUAUAGCUCGACGUUACGAAAAUCGACCCGAAUUUCAGUACGAUGACCAAUUUACAAUUAAAAAGAAGCAGUGCAAAAAAAAAUUACUAUGUAGUACGUAAUAACGUAAUUUCACUCGAGUGAAAAAAUGUCGCUUCUUUUAUUCGUUUUGUUUCAUACGUAAAUCUAUUGUGAUGAAGGCAGCGAUAAAUACGUAUAUUUUCUCGUUCAAUUUGCUUAUCCAAGCUCCCCACGUAAAACUUUAAAAUAUUGGCGAAAACAACAACAGGACACGUACCAGUUUAACUGAUUAGCAUUUGUUUCUAUUUUCUCAUUUUACUUUUGAAAAAAAAGAGGAGAGAUUGCGAGAAAAAGUUAAAAAUAAUUUUUACGGCAACUUGCUUGCUUACCAAGUGUUUCCAAAAGCAAUUGUGACGCGUGCGCAAGUUCAGUGAGUGCAAACUCUUGUAGUUCCUUAUGAAGGUUUGGUGCUGUUUUCCUUCCU